AAUAAAGUUUAGGUAGGGGGAGGCGCUGGCGCUGGCGCCAGUCAGAAUUUACCCGAAAGUGCGUUGGAGAUGUGAUCUCCAACUUAAGAAGCACGAAAAGAUAUCCCAGGGAGCAAGUGACCGUUGAAAGGCUCCUGUAGGUUCCCUGGUUUGUUCUAUUCUUCUUGUUUAGGCCUCUCGAUCCUCUUAACAUUUCUCAGUCUUGUUUUGAUUAGCAUAUUAAUGUCAUCAAGAACAUUGAGGAGGAGACUCCAUCAUGGGGAUGUCGAUGGAAAAAGCCGUGAGCAUUUUGAGACAUCAGGGACAGAUUCUUUGAGUGAGCCCCUCCUAGGGGAACAUGAUCGUAGCGAGAGGUUAUCUACACUUGAAGAUAUAUGGGAGGAUAAAAAGAAGGAGCAGCUUCAUUGGACAUCGUUAUUUUCACAACUCAUAGCACAAUGGGCACAGUGGUUAGCAAAUAUUGUGCUAGGAUCUGGAUCAUUGAUUGGGCGACUUAUAUCACUUCCUUCUAUAGCUCUAAAUAGAGAAAACAAUAGGAUUCUUCCUCCUUCUCUUAGCCCUCUGCAGGAAGAAAGACUCAGAAAUUUACGGCACCGGCUUGAAGUACCCUUUGACAGUUUUAAAACUGAGCAUCAAGAUGCACUCAAGCAACUUUGGACAUUGGCUUACCCUGACAGGAAACUUCCCGGACUUAUAUCAGAGCUUUGGAAAGAAAUGGGGUGGCAAGGUGCGGACCCUUCAACAGAUUUUAGGGGCGGAGGAUUUAUAUCAUUAGAAAAUCUUAUCUUUUUUGCCCAGAAGUAUCCAGAAUCAUUCCAGCGAUUAUUACAUAAAGAAAAUGGAAUCAGAGCAGAGUGGGAAUAUCCGUUUGCCGUUGCAGGAAUUAAUAUCUCCUUUAUGUUGGCUCAAAUGCUGGAUCUUCAAGCAGAGAUUCCAUCUUCUUCGACGGGAAUCCGUUUUCUUCAGUUGCUUGAAGAGGAUGAGAUGGCAUUUGACAACCUCUAUUGUAUCGCCUUUGAAAUGAUGGAUGCUCAGUGGCUUGCAAAGCGUGCUUCUUACAUGGAAUUUAAUGAUGUUCUGAAGGCCACGAGAACGCAGUUAGAGCGUGAGCUUGCUCUUGAAGAUAUCUCGAGUGUAAAAGAUUUGCCGGCGUACAACCUAUUGAGGUGAUUUUCGUAGUUCAUCAUUCAGUAAUUUGUACAAAGAAGAAAAGAAAGGAGGGAAAAUUAAGGGUGAAAGUCAAGUUUAUCUGAUCUGAAUUAUGUCAGGCUAGCAUAUCUUACUCUCUGUACACCAGUCUAUGUACUUUACCAUCCUUCAGGCGAUUGUCUCUUACUCCCCGGUAUACCCCCAUAUGUUACCCCUUGGUUUUAGGUCGUGGUGAAUGGACUCUGCGAUUUCUAUUGCAACGAGGGGAUCAAGCAACAUUUGUUUGGAAUCACGUGACAAGCUUAUGAAAGAAUCUGAUUUAGAAUUCUAUGAACAGGGUUGAUUUUCUUUA